UGUGGCCUUUUCCAUCACAGCAGAGCUGCGUUGGUGUUAUUGACGAUGGCCCCCAAGAAGCCAGCAGCCCCUCCUCCACCAGGCUGCUCCUUGGACAUUAAUGACCCUCAGGUGCAGAAUGCUGCCAUUCGCAUUCAGGCUUCCUACCGUGGACACAGGUCCCGCUUAGAGAUGAAAGAAAAGGGCCCCCCGCGGGUGCUGGAGAACCUGAAGGAUGUGGUGCUGAUUGAGGGGAGUGCAGCCAAGCUCGAAUGCCGCAUCAGUGCCUUCCCUGACCCAUUCAUCCGCUGGUCCAAAGAUAAUGUGGAGCUCAAGGAUGGGCCAAAGUACCGCUACAUCUUUGAGGACCCUGAUAUUGUAGCCCUGGUUGUGCGUGACUCCAGUCUUUCUGACCUGGGCAAGUACACCAUCUCUGUGAAGAACCCCUUUGGGGAGUGCUCUGAUUCUGCACGUCUCCUGGUGGAAGUACCUGCCAAGAUUGAGAAGGGCCCAGACAGCACAAAGGCCAAGAAGGGCAGCACAGUCAACCUGACAGCCCACAUCAGUGGGGAGCCAGCACCUGAUGUCGGCUGGGCCAAGGAUGGGGAGGAUAUUGAAGAGGAUGAUCGUGUGUACUAUAAUAUCGGCAGUGACUCAACAACUCUCACCAUCAAGAAAGUGAAACCGGAAGAUGCUGGAAAGUAUGAGGUCUUUGUAGAGAACAGCCUGGGCAUGGACCAGUCCUUUGCACGUCUUGAUGUGAUCUGAGCCCCUGCCCUCCCAUCUGUAUGGUCCCCCCCCCAAAAAAAAAACAACUCUCUGCACUCACCAAAUAUGGCCCAGGGUAUCCUACUGCCCGACCCUGGACUCUGACUGACCCUGGAAAAUGGCACUGUUCAGCCCUCAGAGCUGGAGAAAGCAAAUGGGACCCUCAGUGGUGCUACAGAAGUAUAUGGUGUCCUGCUGUUUCUCUCACUGCCCCAUCAGUUCACUCACCAAUGUAAUUCUGCCUUAGUGGGCACACCCUCCCUGGCAAGAAUCCCCCAU